AUGAAAGGGGAGACUUGGCUAAAUUGGAGACAACCCAUUAAGGUUUCUUGGGAAGGAGGAGCUUCCAGUGGCUAUAAAAAGGGUCAUCUUCUACCCAUCAAAGGCAACCCACAUCCAGAGAGCAAGCAUUAUCUCUCAUCCCUGAAGCCCUGCAAUUUUGUGCCCUAUUCCUCCAUCUCCUCCCAUUUUCUCUUAUGGUAA